AAUUUGUCUUGUCUUGUCAAGGUCCAGUGAGCUUAAUGUCGUCCAAAGGAAGACUGCCAUAUCAGUGCACCUCAGUAUACUUUAAUCACAAAAACUUCCUAUGAUUUUAAACCAUUUCAUUAAUUGGACAUACGGAGAUAGCUCUGUGACUGACACAGCUUCUGUGUCUUUUGAUUACCCACGCUCUACACAAUUUUUUUUCCAUCCUUAAAAGAUUUUAUUUCAAAUAAUUUCUUUAAAUUUCCAUUUUUCCUGUAACUGAUGAGUUCCCUAGAUUUCCUACACCCUCCAAAGUCUUUAUGUCACUAUACCAUUUACGGUAGGUUGCCUUUACAGCUUCCAUUUGUUUGCAUAAAACCUUUACAGUACAGUUAACAGUAAAAAUUCAAACAUGAUGGUGAUAAGUUAACAAACAGUGUGAGAAAUCAUUUGACCUUGCAGAGACAGUCCAUGCCAGCCACUCCCCAACCUUAUUUCCUUCCUAACCGGAGGACUUUGAACUUCACCUUUCAGUGUUUGCUCCCGUCAGUGGUGUGGUAUGUAUGUUUGCUUUACUGUGUUAUCAAGGCAAACGUGCGUGUUUUCUAAUGUUUCUGUUAUGACAGGCUUUGUUCAUUUACGCCAUAGGCUGCAGCAUGACUCCCUUCAACAAACAAAUCUGGCUUCAUUCAUUAAUAAAGCAAGGCAGAGGUUUAUGGUGUGAUUAGAUAUUGAAUUCACUGCUUAAAGCAAACAAAUGUUACAAGACCACCAAGAAUAUGAAUGGAAGAGAAGUGUGGCUCACUAGAACAAUGGUUUUUAAUGUGUCUUUGUGCACGUGUGCAAUAUGCGAUUGUGUGUGAGAGUUUGUGUUUCAGCUGUGUUUACACCAGUGUGUACCAGCACUCACAGAGUGAGUCCUCUGCUGCAUCACAGAGCUCCUGUCUUACAGGUUUUCGUACACGCCCACACAUAAACACACUUUUACAAAAACACCCACAGGGCGUGGAAAGCAGCCGGCCCUUUUAUACUGCUUUUCUGCUUUUCUGCUUGGUAAUGUUUGCUGUUCUGUCUGCUUCCAGGAAUGAGUCUGUGACAAGUGUCUCUGCAGCUUAGGGUGUGUUCUACUGUGUGCUCCAGCUGUGUCUAUCGUCUCAGCAACAGCAGACAAGCACCACUCUUUCAAGCCUACCCCACACAGUCAGGAUGGCAGGGGAGUGUGUUCCCUGUGAGGGUCCAGACCUGAAGAACAUGGGCGAGGAGGAACUGUGGGAACUGAUUAACGACAACCGCCACCGGAUCUCCUUAGGGGUGCGGCCAUGCAUCGUGAUCCCGUACCUGAGGCAGGCCAGGGUGCUCACGGAGAUGGAUGAAGACGAGAUUGUCAGCUGCCACAACCUCACCAACCGUUGCAUGAGAACCAGCUACAUGUUGGAUCUACUGAGGACUCAGGGGAGGAAUGGUGCCGUAGCUUUGCUGGAGAGCUUGAUGAUCCACUACCCCACACUGUACACCCAAGUCACUGGACGCAAACCCAGCACUGAGCCUUCAAGAUUCAGUGGCUUGAUAAAGUACUCAGAGCUGACAGAGUAUCUGGUCAGAGCAGUAACAGGGAUGCAGAGGGAGCUCCAGGAGGCGCAUCGUGAGGCUAGCAGAAUGACUGCACGCUGCGCCUCGCUGGAGUCAGAGAUUGGGCAGAUAAUGGAACAGGAGGAGAAGUCGAGAUCCCUUCAGGCUGACAACGAACACAUCCGGAGACAUUUGUGUUCUUUGCAACGUGAAGUCACCAAGCUGAAGGAUGAGAAGUGUGACUUGUAUGUGCGCUACACGGCAGCCAUUGAGGAGAAAUCCGCUGUGAAUAAGCGCCUCCAUGACCUCAACCUGCAGGUGUACCAGCUGCAAACUGAGCUGCAGAAAGCCCAAAUGGAGAAUGAGCUCCAGAGGCAGCGCUCGUUUAGAUGUGCAUCUCUUGCCGAGACACCGCAGCUGCAAGAAGAAGUCCGGAGACUGCGCUGCCAGCUGGUGAAAGCAGAAAAAUUGGACCCAGCUCGUCAGGACAUCCUGGCCCAGGACCUGGCUGAGGCUAUAGACAGCCAGGUGGAGCUAGCGGAGCAGCUCAGGUGUUACAGAGAAGAGAAUGAACAGCUUCUCAGUGAGAAACAAGGGCUCAUGGAUCAGAAGGAGUGCCUGAGCCUCCAGGUGCAGCAGCUAACCCUGGACUGUAACAUGCACAAGCAGAAGAUUACCAUGAUCCACAAUCAGCUGAGAGAGCUGCAGGCAGAGAGAGAUAAGGCGUACCUGUCCAGAGACGAGGCGCAGGCCAUGAUUGCACAAACCCUGGCUGAGAAGGAUGCCCUGAGGUGCCAGCUGAUGGAGCUCCAGGAAAGGGUCUUCAGCCUGCGAGCCAAACACAGCUCCACAGCGCAACAGCAGAGCUCUGAUGAGACGGAGGUCAGCUGGGAGAGCCCGAGGUCCAGUUGUGAAGAAUCUCCAUUCUCAAACAGACGCAGACUUUGCCGCAUGGAUGCACUUAAUCCCAUGUCACUGAGUACCUUCAAUUUAGAGAGUGAAGAUGGUGCAGCAAGUAGCGUCCGAUCCCGGAAUGCAGAGCCGCCCAGUUCAGACUCCCUCCGCAGAAGGGAGGAAGCACUACAUGCAGACAGCAGUUCGGAAACAGCAGAGACUGAUUCUUUACAUGACGACUUUGUGUUCCUGCCUAAUGUGGGGAUUGAAGACAUGCAGACACCCAGGCUACGCUCUUCUAGUGACUCCAGCUCUAACGGCCUGUCAAGAACCUCAGCCCCUCCUUUCCUGAUGCGUUCCCGUCCAAAAGCUAUUCGCAUCAAUGGCCGUGUUCUUAGCAUCUCCUUCCAGGGGGGGGCACUUCUCAGCCAGCUGGCAGUGGUGGGGGGAAAUAAGACAGGAGUGUUUGUGCACCAGGUGACAGAAGGGAGCACUGCACAUACUGUUGGCAUUAGCCCAGGGGCACAGAUAGUGGAGGUAAAGUAUGAGCAGAACCAGAAGGCUCUGAGGAUGGUGCUGGAGGAUUCCACUUUAGAGGAAGCUAUGUGGGCUCUGGGCCAGGUUACAGGCCUCUGCCACCUCUCCCUGCGCCCCAGGCAAGAUGAUUAUGAGGCACUGCUUCAACAGCUGCAGAGCAGUGAGAUAUCAUCAGGAGAUUCUUUCUACGUACGUGUCAACAUGUCUCUGCCUGCCGGCCCCAACGGGACCCUGGCUGUGUCCUGCAACGACAUCCUGCAUGUGACCAACACACGACCCGCUGGCACUGAGGACUCGUGGCACGCCAGCCAAGUUCACCCGUGUCAGCUACUGGACCUCCAGAGUGGAACCUUACCCAACUAUUACAGGGCACAGCGACUUCUGAUUCGAGCAAUUGAGGACAUGAGCUUUCAAACAAAGAAGUCUCUCAAGGCUGGGCGAGUGGUGGCCCAGAAUAAACAGAAUGCAGUGAGGAUUGUGAGCACCGGGCGUCAGGGCAGGAACCCACUGUGGGUCAGCGUGGAGGAUGAAAAGACCAAGAGCACAGACUCAAGUGAUACAUCUGCACCCAAAAGUUGUGUAACCCUCAUGCCCUACACCCUGGUCACCCCCCACUACCCACCCAUCUGCAGACCCAUCCUGCUGCUGCCCACUGUCCUGGGACGCAUUCUGGACAAGAAGCUGGCAGGGUGGCAGGGCUUUCAGCUCUGUGAACCUGAGGUCCUGAGCUCCUGUGAACACGCAACCCGGCUACAGAGGUCUGAGAUCCUGGAGGAGUGUGAGCAGGGGAGAAACUGCUGCUACACUCUGCAGAGUGUCGAGAAAGUCAUGAAAAAGGGGAUUCACUGUGUGCUGCCAUUGGGCCUGGACUGUGUGCGACGGCUGCACCGAGCCGCGAUCUUUCCCAUCAUCAUCUUUAUCAGCCAGACUGCAAGGAGUGCACGUAAACUGAGGUCAAAGCUGCAGCGCCACGGCCAGUCAGAGGAGCAACUGCUGGCAUGUUCAAAGAGUGAGGAGCCGCUGCUGGACAAGCUGCCGUGUCUGUAUCACAGUGUCGCUUCAGACUCCUGGUGUGACCAGACCUCCUUGCUCAACAGCUUGCGCACCAUUAUCUGGGAGGAGCAGAAGAAGAUCGUCUGGGUGGAGCCUGACUUGUGGUGAAAGAGAGAGUAGAAAAGAAAACAGAAAAUAUAAAAAUAAUAGGAAGCAUUUCUCAAAGGGCUAUUUUGUUAAGAUGAUAAAGAAUUGAGAAUAUGAUAGACAAACUUUACAAUAGAUAUUUUUAUAAAUAUGAGUAUGUAUCUAUGAUACUUAUGAGUAACUGGGUGAGUGAAGGACUUCAUGAUGAUAUAAAAAUGCAUUUUAAAAGUGUAUUAAGCUGUAUCAUUAUUUACUUUACCCAAAACAUUUUCGAUGUAAUUAGUUGCCUCCUGUUUUGAGGCUUUUGUUUAAAACAAACCCAGGUUUGAAGUGUUUGCUACAAACACAAACACUAAUAAAACAUACGUUAAUGAUCUGUAUGUACUGUAUCUCUACAAUAUGUUGUAGAUCAUUUCCCACUAUGAGGGAUUUUCUUUUAUUGCCAGUGUUUCAUUGGGAUGCUACAGCUUGUUGUUAUUUGACUUUUAAUUUUGAUUCAUUACUAUGAGAUGGGAUUCAUGUUAGGAGAAAAAACAUCAGUCACCAUUUCUGUUCUUCAACAAUAGGUUCACAAGAUUUUAGAAUGAUCCUCAAGUGCAAGAGCAUGUGAUUGAGGGUCUACAUCAUGAGAGAUCUGUAUCUUGUUUGUUUGGUUCAUGACGGAUGUUACUUAAAUUCUUCUUUUACUGGGCUCUUCUCCCUCUCCCUCUCUGCUUUUAUUCGUCACUCUGUCCUUUUCUUCUUCUUCAUGGUGCUGCCAUGCAUCCAUAAACGUUAAGUCUUAGGAUUUAACUGUCAGCUUGUACGAAACUUGACAGAACAUCCCUAUGAAUUUCUGUGAAUUUUGUUGUCAGAUUCUGUAAUGGAGUUAGGCUCUGCUGGGUCUCACUGUCAACAUAAUAAAAAUUUAAAUAUUU